GCUCUGCCUGCAGGGAGCCAGCUGCUGGCCUGGGUGCUGUGGCUGCAGGCGUGGCGGGUGGCGGCGCCGUGCCCAGGUGCCUGCGUGUGCUACAACGAGCCCAAGGUGACCACAAGCUGCCCGCAGCAGGGUCUCCAGGCCGUGCCCGCUGACAUCCCAGCCGCCAGCCAGCGCGUCUUCCUGCAUGGCAACCGCAUCACAUACGUGCCAGCCGCCAGCUUCCGCGCCUGCCGCAACCUCACCAUCCUGUGGCUGCACUCGAAUGCGCUGGCCCGCAUCGAUGCCGCCGCCUUCACCGGCCUGGCGCUCCUCGAGCAGCUGGACCUCAGCGACAAUGCACAGCUGCGUGCUGUGGAUCCCACCACGUUCCACGGCCUGGGCCGCCUGCACACGCUGCACCUGGACCGCUGCGGCCUGCAGGAGCUGGGCCCCGGGCUGUUCCGUGGCCUGGCCGCCCUGCAGUACCUCUACCUGCAAGACAACGGGCUGCAGGCGCUCCCCGAUGACGCCUUCCAAGACCUGGGCAACCUCACACACCUCUUCCUGCAUGGCAACCGCAUCCCCAGCGUGCCCGAGCGCGCCUUCCGCGGCCUGCACAGCCUCGACCGCCUCCUGCUGCACCAGAACCGCGUGGCCCGCGUGCACCCGCGCGCCUUCCGUGACCUCGGCCGCCUCAUGACGCUCUACCUGUUUGCCAACAACCUCUCUGCGCUGCCCGCGGAGGCCCUGGCGCCCCUGCGUGCCCUGCAGUACCUGCGGCUCAAUGACAACCCCUGGGUGUGCGACUGCCGGGCGCGCCCGCUCUGGGCCUGGCUGCAGCAGUUCCGCGGCUCGUCGUCCGAGGUGCCCUGCAGCCUGAAGCCCUGGGGCCUGGGCUCCCUGGCACUGCCCCCACCCAACCCUCUGCGCACACAGCUCUGUGGAUCUGGUCUGGAGGUGCAGGACGGCCUCAGCCCCCAGGAAUCCCUGUGA